CACCGUUUGGUGAAGACGACAGCACUUUCAUCCAGCUCUCACCAAUAACUGUCGCGUCACUUCCUCGCCCCGUGCCCAUCCCUUUGGAAAAAAGAACAGAAAAUUCACAGACGAACGACGACAAGAAAAAGAGCGAGGUAAACGUCCUGAGGGAAGCGAAGGCAAAAAGACCGAUGAAAAACUUGGAUACAGGGGAAGGAGCUGCAAGCAAAGACCAGAACAUACGCCUUAAAUCAUGCCCCUUCACAAAUCAUCCCGGUCCUCUCGCUUGGACCCUACCAUGAUCUCAGCCCCAUUAGGUGACUUUCGCCACACCAUGCACAUUGGGAGGGGAGGUGAUGUCUUUGGGGACACCUCCUUCCUGUCCACUCUUGGCCCAAGUCCAGCUAGCCCAGAACUGGGGACUCCAGGGGUCAUGCCAGUUGCUGAUGCUGAGGUGGUAAUCAACCACAGUGAACUUAAUACUGAUGUUCCGGGAAGCCCUCAGAACACUGAGCUUCGGCACUCUGAGUCAGUGUCAUCAUUCACCCUGGACCUGGACCUGGAUCUGGGUCCAUCUAUGCUUGGAGAUGUAUUAGGGGUGAUGGAUGGACUGGGGCUUGACUCCAGUGAGGAAGACAUGUUCAUUAUCAAAAGUGACAAAUCCUCAGUGGAAACAAAGCAGAGAAAUGGGUCCGUGGAGAUGUCUGUGAGCAUGCAGAACGAACUGAAUGGGAAGGACUUGGUUGGGUUGGAUGGAAACCAGGUGGGAGACAGCAGGAUACCAGAUGGGAACGGGAUCAAGCCAAAAGGGUUAAAACCAAAAGUGAGAUUCAGUGACAAACGAGAGGAGAUCAUUCGCCAGGCAUCUGAAGAGGAAGAGGAUCAAGGCUUCGUCCUCCAGCAUGAGAAUCAGCAGGUGUGUUGCAGUCCAGUGAGGGGUGAGAGUGAGAGGGGCCAGAGCCAAGCAGGUGGAGGUGAGACAGAGUUCACCAAUAACAAAGUAGAUUUGCCACCUAGUUCUGCUUCAUCAUCACAUAGCUCAGAGUAUGACGGCGCCACCCCGCUGGACAGGAGGAGGGUCGACAGCUGCCAUUCAGAGACUGAUUCAGAGGAGGAGGAGGAGGAGGAGGAGGAGCAAGGACGGGGCUACACAUUUGAAGAUGAGUUUGAUGAUGAAAUUGGUCUAUAGGGGAUAGAGAUAGGUACGGUUUCCCCUGAAAACAUAUAGUAUCUUUGCUGUUGAGUAAAUAAAGUAUACUGUAUUUUACUAAACUCCUCAUUACAGUAUCAUUUGGAUGGGAGAACAGAAUAUAUGUGAAUGCAAACUGGAUUUCUUAAGACUGAAUUAGAGGUAAACUGUUAAGAUGAUGUUGCUCAACUGGAAAAGACAUCUUGUGUUGUUUCUACAGGGUAACAGAUUUACUAGAGAUUUUGAUCAGAAGAAGCUAAAUGUCAUAGAGGUUAUUACAGUGAAAGGUUAGUAGCACUUUCAUUAAUUUCAUUCACCUGGAAGCUUUGCUAUGAAACUGCUCAGUGAAAGUUUGAGUCAGGCUAAAUGAAUGAUGCUUGACUCUUUUAAUUUUUCUAUGUAUUUGCCAUCAAAAGCACACACAACAGGUGUUCUUCACUGAGCUUCAUGUUUUAAUGCCUUAAAGGGCCUUGUGCUUACAUUAUUAUACCAUAUGCUAUAUCAGUCUUAAAAGUUCUUAUAGCAUAUUUACCACAGCCUCCGUGUCUUUUCUUUAUAUGUAAUGCAAUGAAAAGCUUUACAAACAAAGGCUCGCCAGAGCCAAUGUCAGAAAGUGAAGUGUCUCUAAUUGUCUUGUGUGGAUUUGUCGCAUUGCAAAUCAGAGUUUCUUUGGUCCAGAUCUGUUCUCUAAGUGAUGUUAUUUUGCAAGUUUGCAUACCUACCUAAUUCUCUCGGGGCUGGACUGAUACUAAAAUGCUCAGACAAUCAUUGAAUUUAAAGGUCAAAUUGUAAAUCAGGACCAUCUGCGUAUGCUUUUUAUUUGUAUAAUCUUGUUUUUGAAAAAAUGUUGUAUUUUGUAAUGCUGUAAAAGGGAGCUGCCGUUCAUCUGUUCAAAAUGCUGGUUUAAACACAUGAUCCUAUGGUUUAAUAAGAAUUACAGUGAACACAAUAAAACUGUUACUGGGAUUUAAAACAACAACAACAACAAAAAAAACCCCACCAGCCUUGGCCUGCAACUCUUUUCUAUAAAAAUGAAAACUGGAGCAAAAAGAAGUAUAAAAUAUCAAGUGAAUUUGAAAAUCUCAAGACCUGGAUGUGUUCAAAAUCAAUCCCUAUUAAAUAUAAAGUGCAAUAUAUUAACAUAUUUACACUAGGGACCUAAAAUAUAAACAAACAAGCUCGUCUAGACCUGACAGCUGACAGACAUUAACCAUGUGU